UUCAUGCCCUUUUCAAAGCUGCCAUCGUGUCAAUGCGCAAUUGCGCAGCCAGGAAACCUUGAGCUGUGAGACCAGAGGCAGCAAGGGGGCUUGAAAACUACCGCAGCGCCUCUCGAGAAAAAAAAGCUUCCUGCUGUGACCCCAUUCCCAUGAAACGGACUCCCAGAUUUCCUCAUAACAGCCAGGCGAGCUUUCUCUCUCUAUGAAUUACCUGCGGCUGAAGUGCGGACGCUGUUGGAGGGACCGCUGCGUUUACUGAAGACAUUUGGAGCCCGGGGAGAGUAAGCAUGACAAUGUAUGGGACUCAUAUAUGUUGUGACUGCAGCUCACGAUGACAGUUCGCAUCAGGACUGUGGAUGCACUCAUCAAAAGUCUGGAUAUUUCAGAGGAAGCACCAUGGACGCAGCGGACAUAGUUGCUUCCGUUUUGGUUUUGGGGAUUAUUAUCGUGUCGCUGCUGUCCAACGUUGUGGUGCUGAUCUGCUUUCUGUACAACCCAGAGAUCCGCAAACAGGUACCGGCUCUUUUUAUUCUCAACUUGACGUUUUGCAACCUGUUGCUAAGCGUGUCCAACAUGCCACUAACUCUGAUCGGGCUCAUCACCACGGGCCACCCCGGAGGCAGCGGCUUCUGCCAAAUUGUGGGUUUCCUCGACACUUUUCUCACCACUAACUCCAUGCUCAGCAUGGCAGCUCUCAGCAUCGAUAGAUGGGUGGCUGUUGUGUUCCCACUCAGCUACCACUCCAGAAUACGGCACCGGGACGCAGUGAUAGCGCUGGCGUACACGUGGAUUCACUCACUUUGCUUCUCCACAGUGGCCACCUGCCGCUCCUGGGUCGGGUACCAUCACCUUUACGCAUCGUGCACUCUCUGCAGUGUCAGGGCCAAGGGAGCCGGGACGCAGUUCAUCAUAUUCACCGUGGCUUUGCACUCCCUCACUUUCCUCCUCACGCUGAUCGUGUUGUGUGUAACGUACCUGAAAGUGCUCAAAGUUGCAAGGUUUCACUGUAAACGCAUCGACGUGAUCACUAUGCAGACGCUGGUGCUGCUUGUGGAUAUUCACCCCAGUGUGCGGCAGAAAUGCUUGGAUGAGCAGAAGCGGAGGAGGCAGAGGGCCACCAAGAAGAUCAGUACUUUCAUCGGCACAUUUGUGGUGUGCUUCACCCCUUAUGUCAUCACAAGAAUUGUAGAGCUUUUCUCCCCGUGGCCCAUAAACCCUCACUGGGGCGUGUUGUCCAAAUGUUUGGCCUACAGCAAGGCAGCGAGCGACCCGUUUGUCUACUCGCUGCUGCGGCACCAGUACAGGAAGACCUGCAACCUUCUGGCCAACAAAGUCCUCAAGAGGAGUCCGCUCAACUCCUCCUCCCUCAGGAUGGAGAACAGCGCAGUGAGGAGCGACAACAACUGCAACACAACCAACAACAUCCAGCCACCUGCCAACAAGCCACUCGGCCCGUGACAGUAAUCACUCAGAGAGACAUUUAGGGUACUUUAUUGUGCUGAAGGUGGUUUGGAUUUGACAUCUUACUUUGAUGUCAACAUUCAUGAGAAAGGCGGUAUGACAGUAGAUUCACCUCUGUGUGUUGGUGUAAUAUCAGAGUGAGCUUUUCACUUAAUUAGUUGUUGGAGGACGAGGCUGGUGAUAUUCUAUAUUUUCAUACUGCCAGAUGAGAGAUCAAAACAAACUGCACACGAGUCCAUCUCUGAAUACUUUCCUCAGAGUCUUGUCUAGAUGGUUGUCACGAGAUUUAAUGUUCCAUGUUUCAAGUGAUCAUUGUAACACAAACCAUUAUCUUCCCCUCGCCCUAACAAAGUGCUUUUUGUGCCUAAACCUAAUGAGACAGGGAUAUUUCUUCUAGGGUUACCAUCUAGCCAGGGCUUUUUCCCAGCAUGUCCGUGGCACUCAGCCCCAAGUUCUUUCAUUCCUGCUCAGGACACAAGUCUUAAAAUAGGUCACAAAUAAAUUAUUUUAUUUAAACAAAUCUAAAUCAUUUCCUCAGUUGACUGAGCACUGCAGUUUUCUUUGUAGAUGUUCCUUAAAAGGAAUUAAAAGUGCAUCUGUAGGGGACUUUCAGCAGCAGAUUUGGUACACAAGCUGAUAUUUACAGCAGCAGGACAUUAAAUCAAAAUAAACAACAGAGCCCAUGUUUAUGAGACUGUCCGUCCUGGAAGAGGGAUCCCUCCUCAGUUGCUCUUCCUGAGGUUUCUACUGUUUUUUUCCCCGUUAAAGGUUUUUUUUGGGGGAGUUUUUCCUUAUCCGCUGUGAGGGUCCAAAGGACAGAGAGAUGUCGUAUGCUGUAAAGCCCUGUGAGGCAAAUUGUGAUUUGUGAUAUUAGGCUUUAUAAAUAAAAUUGAUUGAUUGAAUUGAAGGAACAUGUCAGCCAGUGCAACUCAUAGAGGUAUUUUUAAUAGUUUUUGGACAACAGUAGAGGUCUUAAGCUGCUUGUACACCACAGCGCAGUAUUGCCACUACAGUCCACAGCUGCAAUGGUACAAGCACAGGCUUGCUUGUAUCUGCACUCUGUAGCUAGACAACAGAAAUCACAAAAAAUACCAAAGAUUUCUACAUAUUUGGACAACUUACUCGUCAUCUAAAAUUUGGUGGAAAUGUUAUCCUAGGCCUAGUUUUUUUUCUUCUGGUUGCUGUUAUAAGUUUCUAGCACCAUAAGGCCCGAUAUUCAAACACUGACAUGAUCGGGUACUACAUCUUGUCUUCUUUUUGUUUCCAGUGAUGCCCACUGUUUGAUCAGCUAAAGCAAGGUUGCUACCGCCUGAAAUUCAACACAGUGAGCUCAGCGUAGCAGAGCGAAAUCUGUGCACUUUCACAUGGGUGGUAACCAUUUUAUACCCCUAUGCUGCCUUCUCCUCAUUGACAUGACUGGCAGUGGUGAGUUGUCAUGCAGCGGCGUGAAAGCCCCAUAAGGCACAGAAGUGUCAUCUACUUCGGCUACACAGGCAUUAAAUGCCAGUAGGAUCUGUUCAUUGAAACAUGUAGAAUAUCUCCAGUCUUAUCCUUAAAAGAAGAAUCAAUCCAACCACUUUUGUAGGUUGUGUGUGUGGGUUGUAACGGCUUGUGUAAAACUGUCUUCUUCUGCAGAGAGUGACUAAUGAGAUUCUUUUGUAGCAUACUGGUAAAUUUGUGUCAACUAGCCUGUAACAUGGACAUUAUGGUGACUAAUUUGUUAAUUGUGUCAUUGACGGCACAUAUUAAUGUGAACCAGAGUGUAGCCCCGCCUCCAACUUGCAGGACCCAGGAGCCUGUUGUCACUCCCAGAUGGAUCAGCAGGUCUUACAUGUGGACUAACACUAGAGGACAGCUACAUUCUUAAGUGUGAACAUCCUCUGAUGCUAUUAAAUGUUUGGUCGGAUCAGUAAUGUAUUAACACAGGAGUAAAACCAAGAGUAUUUUCAUUACCUCAAGUCAGUAUUGUAUAUUAUAUUAUGUAAAAAAAAAAAAAAAACCUGAUUUAAGUGUAACAAAUUUUACAUCCCUUCUGAACUGAAUGGCUGAAUUUCUAAAAUUCAUGCAUAACUUCUGACCUCAAUGAUGGCUGGGUAAAGUAGUUGAUGUGCUGGAGGGAUGAUAGAAUAUAGAUGAUUUUAACAGUACAGUCAUGUUGUAUGCAUGUCGGUGUAUACAGCAUUAAUGACUGUAUGUUGUAGCUGUGAGGCCUGAGUUUUAAAGUGCCUUUUAGACUAUGAGCUCUCUGAAUUAAUGAAAACACAACAGAGGAAACCUUCACAUUGUCAUUUAAUUGGUAUUGUGUGCUGUGGUCAAAAACGAUAACGGAGCCUGUUAUGCAGUCUGGUCGCAUUGUAAGAGAGUUUUUAAGUAAUAUUUAUUUUGUAAUACCACCACAUUGUAUCGUCGCAUCGGGCAAAACAGGGUGAAAUAUUAUUCGAAUGUGGUAGCAGCUAUUCAGU